UUACAAGACGAGGUACUUAACCGCUGCGGUCACUAGCUUAGCUUGGGCCGAAGGCACAGAGAAAGAACGAUAGAAUAGAUGUUUCCGAAGGAGAAUAGUAGUAACGGCUACCACAGCCACAGAGAGCGAGCCCGUCGAGGCACGCGCAGGUCACGUGCUUCCCGAGACAGUAUCAGCCUUAGGGUUUAUGACCAGCAGCAGCAGCAGCAGCAGCAGCGAGCUCCUUGCACGGACUUCGACAUGGCCUAUUUCCAUUCUUACGCUCACCUCGGUAUUCACGAAGAGAUGAUAAAGGAUCGCGUGAGGACUGAAACUUAUAGAGAAGCAAUCAUGCGGCAUCAGAGUUUUAUUGCAGGCAAAGUUGUAGUUGACGUGGGAUGUGGUACAGGAAUCCUUGCAAUAUUUUGUGCUCAGGCUGGUGCAAAGCGGGUAUAUGCAGUUGAUGCCAGUGACAUUGCCCUGCAGGCAAAUGAAGUUGUGAAAGCAAAUAAUCUGUCUGAUGUUAUUGUUGUAUUGCAUGGAAGGGUUGAGGAUGUUGAAAUCAAUGAACAGGUGGAUGUUAUUAUUUCAGAAUGGAUGGGUUAUAUGCUUCUAUAUGAGAGCAUGCUUGGAAGUGUUAUUACUGCUAGAGAUCGCUGGCUCAAACCUGGGGGUCUUAUCCUUCCUUCAAAUGCAACGUUGUACAUGGCUCCUGUCACACAUUGUGACAGAUACAGUGGAAGCAUUGAUUUCUGGCGCAAUGUUUAUGGAAUUGAUAUGUCUGCCAUGUUAUCAUUAGCAAAACAGUGUGCAUUUGAAGAACCUUCUGUGGAGACAAUUACCGGUGAAAAUAUUUUGACAUGGCCACAUGUGGUGAAAUAUAUUGAUUGUUAUUCUGUUACCAUUGGUGAGCUAGAAACUGUAACAACAAGAUUUAAGUUCAAUUCAAUGAUGCGAGCACCACUUCAUGGUUUUGCAUUUUGGUUUGAUGUUGAAUUUAAUGGGCCUGCAAUGCCACAAAGCAAUUAUCCUUCAUCAACUUCAUUUACUGAUAAUCAUCUGGUGAAUGGUAGUCAGAGGAAAAAGCGGAUAAAUCCAAAUGAAGCAUUGGUCCUAUCCACUGCACCUGAGGACCCUCCAACACAUUGGCAGCAGACGUUGAUAUACUUUUAUGAUCCGAUAGAAUUGGAACAAGAUCAAGUAAUUGAAGGUCUAGUGACAUUGACACAAAGCAAAGAGAAUGCUCGCUUUAUGAAUAUUCACCUUGAGUAUACUUCGGGAGGUCGAUCACACAUCAAAGAGUCUGUAAUGAGAUGAUCUCCACAACCAUGAGUAGUUUUUGCAUCCCAUAUACGCGAUCCUCCAAGUAAUGCAUAUAUAUUUUACUGGUUUAUUUUUCUAACAGAUCUGAGUUCACAAUUCACUAAUCUCUGGUUACUAGAUUAGAAAUGGAGAAACUGACAAACCUCUUAACAUAUACUGUUAGUUGACUGAUCAAAAUUUUGUUGUAAAUCGAUUCUGUUUGAAGGGAGCUUUAGAGUAAUGGCUGAUUUGUUUUCGUGUGAUCUCAAGGUCAUGGGUCAAGCCAUAGAAUCAGCCACUGAUGUUUGCAUCAGGUUAGGCUCCCUAUAUUACACCAUUUGCGUGCGGUCUUUUUCCGGACCUUGCAUAACGCAGUAUGCUUCGCACCCGCUGCCCUUUUUAAUUGAUUCUGUUUAACAUAAUGAGUCGGAUGUUUCUUA